AUGCCGGUCCGCCGGGGCCAUGUGGCCCCUCAAAACACGUACCUGGACACCAUCAUCCGCAAAUUUGAAGGACAAAACCGCAAGUUCCUCAUCGCCAAUGCGCAGAUGGAGAAUUGCGCCAUCAUCUACUGCAACGACGGCUUCUGUGAGAUGUUUGGCUACUCCAGAGUGGAGGUGAUGCAGCAGCCCUGUACCUGCGACUUCCUCACCGGCCCCGACACCACCAAGAGCUCCAUCGCGCAGCUCACCCAGGCCCUGCUCGGCUCCGAAGAGUGCAAGCUCGAGAUCCUCUACUACCGCAAAGACACCUCGUGUUUCCGCUGCCUGGUGGAUGUGGUGCCGGUGAAGAACGAGGAAGGCGUCGUCAUCAUGUUCAUCCUCAACUUCGAGGACCUGGCGCAGCUCAUUGCCAAGAGCACCAGCCGGAGCCUGCACCACCGCUUGUCACAGAGCUGGCACAGAGAGGCUUCCCACGUCAAACCCAACCCCCCGAACUCCACCUCGGACUCGGACCUCAUGAAGUACCGGACCAUCAGCCAGAUCCCCCAGUUCACGCUCAACUUUGUAGAGUUCAACCUGGAGAAGCACCGCUCGGGCUCCACCACAGAGAUCGAGAUCAUUGCUCCCCACAAGGUGAUGGAGCGCACCCAGAAUGUCACCGAGAAGGUCACACAGGUGCUGUCCCUGGGUGCUGAUGUCCUCCCCGAGUACAAGCUGCAGGCGCCACGCAUCCACCGAUGGACCAUCCUGCACUACAGCCCCUUCAAGGCUGUGUGGGACUGGCUCAUCCUUCUGCUGGUCAUCUACACAGCCGUCUUCACCCCCUACUCGGCUGCCUUCCUGCUCAACGAGGAGCAAGUGGAGGAGAAGCACUGGGACUGCAGCUACUCCUGUGACCCACUCAACAUCAUUGACCUCAUCGUGGACAUCAUGUUCAUCGUGGACAUUGUCAUCAACUUCCGGACCACCUAUGUCAACAUCAAUGACGAGGUGGUGAGCCACCCUGGCAAGAUCGCCAUCCACUACUUCAAGGGAUGGUUCCUCAUCGACAUGGUCGCUGCUAUCCCCUUUGACCUGCUCAUCUUCCGCUCCGGCUCUGAUGAGACCACCACCCUCAUUGGCCUCCUGAAGACUGCUCGGUUGCUGCGCCUGGUCCGCGUGGCCCGCAAGCUGGACCGGUACUCCGAGUAUGGAGCAGCCGUGCUCUUCCUCCUCAUGUGCACCUUCGCCCUCAUCGCCCACUGGCUGGCCUGCAUCUGGUACGCCAUCGGCAACGUGGAGCGGCCCUACAUGGAGCACAAGAUCGGCUGGUUGGACAACCUGGGCGACCAGAUCGGCAAGCGCUACAACGACAGUGACCUCUCCUCCGGCCCAUCCAUCAAGGAUAAAUAUGUCACUGCUCUCUACUUCACCUUCAGCAGCCUCACCAGUGUGGGGUUUGGCAAUGUCUCACCCAACACCAACUCUGAGAAGAUCUUCUCCAUCUGUGUUAUGCUCAUUGGCUCUCUAAUGUACGCCAGCAUCUUCGGCAACGUCUCCGCUAUCAUCCAGCGCUUGUACUCGGGCACAGCCCGCUACCACACACAGAUGCUGCGGGUCAAGGAGUUCAUCCGCUUCCACCAGAUCCCCAACCCCCUGCGCCAGCGCCUGGAGGAGUAUUUCCAGCAUGCCUGGUCCUACACCAACGGCAUCGACAUGAACGCGGUGCUGAAGGGCUUCCCUGACUGCCUGCAGGCAGACAUCUGCCUGCACCUCAAUCGCACGCUGCUCCAGAACUGCAAGGCUUUCCGAGGAGCCAGCAAAGGCUGCCUGCGUGCCCUGGCCAUGAAGUUCAAGACAACUCAUGCACCACCUGGAGACACCCUCGUGCACUAUGGAGAUGUUCUCACCACGCUCUACUUCAUCUCCCGGGGCUCCAUCGAGAUCCUCCGGGAAGACAUUGUGGUGGCAAUCUUAGGGAAGAACGACAUCUUUGGAGAGCCCAUCAGCCUCUACGCCCGCCCAGGGAAGUCCAACGCUGACGUGAGGGCUCUCACCUACUGCGACUUGCACAAGAUCCAGCGGGAGGAUCUGCUGGAGGUCUUGGACAUGUACCCGGCCUUCUCUGACAACUUCUGGAGCAACUUAGAGAUCACCUUCAACCUGCGAGAUGCAGACAGCAUUCCCCGCUCUCCGCUCAGUGAGGAGUACGACUGCACGUACCGGCGGGCGCGCCAACGCAAGCACUCCCUGUGCCAGCCCAACAAGCCUGACCCAGACAUGGGCAUCUCUGAUGCAGAGCAGUAUCACACCUACUCAGAGCUCACCAACCCGCAGGACCCGCUGAGUAAGGACCAGUGGGACGACCUGGGCAGCAGCACCACUCCCUGCUCCCAGACCAGCGACGACGAGGCCAAGACUGGCAGCCCUACGAAAGCUGAGCCCUUCCCCAUGUCCAAAAAGGAGGAUUUUGCUCUGCCCACACUCAGCCUCGUCACCACGGGCGCCGGCAGCACAGAGGCUGGCAAGCAGGCAGCGGAGAGCAGCCAGUCCUAUGCAGCCACCCCCCUGGACAUCCCCAACAUGUUCUCCUUCUGGGAGGACCGAAGGCCGAACCACCACCCAGAGCCUUUGCAACACAUCUCCUUGGUACACAGCUCACAGGACAUGCCCCUGCACAGCGACUACAGACCAGGACAGAUCGAGUCCAGGCUGGAGCUCCUGCAAGCCCAGCUCAGCAGGCUGGAGUCCAGGAUGUCAUCAGACAUCAAUAUAAUCCUCCAGCUCCUGCAGCGCCAGCUGUCCCAAGUGCCACCCGCGUACAGCCCCAUCUCGCCGUCCUCCCACAGCCUGGCCAUGUACAGCAUCCUCCCGCGGAGCCUGGAGCCGCUCGCCCCCUGCGCACCCCCAGAGGACCAGGAGCCAACCACCCCGGAGCAGAGCCCGAGCUACGCGGAGGUAGAAAAGUUCCACUUGAAAUCCAGGGACUCCUCAUCAAGCGGGAUGCACCUCACUGCAGCACCCGGCAAAACCACGGUGGUCUACUCCAAGCAGGAGCACCAGUCCCCACCUCUCCCGAACCCAGAGCCUCCCCACCAAAGGGCACCAAACACCCAGGGACUCUGUCGGGGCUCUCGCUUCCCUUCCCUCCCUGAGCACUUGGAGGCAUCUUCCGAGCACCAGGACAUUCAGAGACACCUCUCUGACCCAGUGCUUCCUGGAAGUUAGAGAUGUGGGGGCUGCGAAGCAAGUCAAGAGGAACCUCAACUGCAAGCUCGGUCAGUUGAUGUUGAUUUUGACUGCAAGGGUAAGCCAGAGGACAAUGCCAUUGGCUCAGGGGUAUAAUUUAUAGCUGACUUCUGCCACCGUGGAAGGAAGAGUAGAGCGACUGGCUUCCAAGGUCAACGUUUUCCAGCGGUUCCAUAGAGUAGAUUUCAUUUGCACAUUCUAGUGAACCCAGAGCAGCUCUUACCGCCACCAGCCAAACAGUACCCACCGCCUCUUCCUUGCUAAGGCUUCCUCUCGAGAACGGCACAAGCGACCAGAGGAGAGCAAAGCCACAGCUCUCAGCUGCGAGGCCACUUUGCUGCCGGCUUUUGGAGCAGGGACCAUUGCGUUGGCACUGGGCUUAGCCCAGCAGAGCCCAUGGGCAUUACAGAGAGGGUAGUCAGCAGAGGAGGAGGAGAUCUCCACAGUGUGGUGCUGGGGGAGCUGCAGGUGGGAAGCCCAGGACAAGGACAGAGGACAGAAAAACUAAAGGCCAACAGCCCCUUCCACUUCAGCAUGCUUCAGUACGAGUCCCAGGGCAUUGACUUCUCCAGCAAGGUUGAUGGCACCUUGCAAACCCCAACCCACAACUCCCCAGAUCAACCCAACUGGUUUCUGGCCUGGGCAUAUAAAGCACAAAACUCAAAAGCACAAUCCCAGAGAGCCCCAACACCUCAUCUCCAGCCCUUCACCCCAGCUUCUCUUUUGAUAAAGGUUUGAUAGAUGCUUCCUCUUCCCCAGCCCCUUCCCUGGCAGAGUCCUGCUGCGUUCCCUGUAGGAGAAGCCCACUCCGCACUGCUGCCUUGCCCUUCGGUUAGAUGCUGUGACAGUCCUAGGCUGCCUGCUCAUGUAUCGAGCUCCCUUUGACAGUAGUAAAACUGUGAGCAUCUCUUUCUCUGGAGUUUUAGCGUACACUUUCCUAAUAAAGAUGUUUUUGG